UGGGCUCGACGGCGCGGCCAUGGCCGCUGUCAACGGCGCCGUGGAGAACGGGCAGCCCGACAAGAAGGUGCCACUGCCGCCGCCGCAGCUGCCGCGGCCCCUGCGGAGCCUGGAGGUGAAGUACACCAAGAUAUUUAUUAACAAUGAAUGGCAUGACUCUACAAGUGGAAAGAAGUUUCCCACCUACAACCCUUCGACGCUGGAGAAAAUUUGUGAUAUUGAGGAAGGAGACAAGCCUGAUGUGGACAAUGCAGUGGAAGCAGCAAAGGCAGCAUUCCAGAGGGGAUCUCCGUGGAGACAGAUGGAUGCCCUGAGCAGAGGACGACUCCUGCACAAGCUGGCUGAUCUUCUGGAGCGCGACAGAGUCAUCCUGGCAACUCUGGAAACGAUGGACACAGGAAAACCUUUUCUGCAGGCUUAUUUUGUUGACCUGGAAGGCUGUAUAAAAACACUCCGGUACUAUGCUGGCUGGGCUGAUAAAAUUCAGGGCAGAACAAUCCCAGUGGAUGAAAAUUUUGUCUGUUUCACCAGGCAUGAACCCAUGGGUGUCUGUGGAGCCAUAACUCCAUGGAACUUCCCGUUGCUAAUGCUGGUUUGGAAGAUGGCACCGGCGCUGUGCUGUGGAAACACUUUGGUUGUCAAGCCAGCUGAACAGACUCCCCUCACGUCCCUGUACAUUGGCUCACUGAUAAAGGAGGUGGGUUUCCCUCCCGGUGUGGUGAACAUUGUGCCAGGCUAUGGCCCCACAGCUGGAGCUGCUAUUUCUACCCAUCACAGCAUUGAUAAAAUUGCUUUUACUGGAUCAACAAAGGUUGGAAAAUUGAUCAAGGAAGCUGCUUCUAAAAGCAACCUCAAAAGGGUGACAUUAGAGCUUGGAGGGAAAAACCCCUGCAUUGUGUGUGCAGAUGCAGACUUGGACUUGGCAGUGGAGUGUGCCCAUCAGGGUGUGUUCUUCAACCAAGGGCAGUGCUGCACGGCUGCCUCGCGAGUCUUCGUGGAGGAGCAGAUCUACCCAGAGUUUGUCAGGCGCAGCGUGGAGUACGCCAAGAAGCGACUCGUUGGAGACCCCUUUGAUGCCAGAACUGAACAAGGGCCCCAGAUUGACCAAAACCAGUUUGAUAAAAUCCUGGAGCUGAUAGAGAGUGGGAAGAAAGAAGGGGCUAAGCUGGAGUGUGGGGGUCUUGCCAUCGAAGACAGAGGCCUGUUUAUAAAGCCCACUGUGUUUUCAGAGGUCACUGACAACAUGCGCAUCGCCAAAGAAGAGAUUUUUGGGCCAGUUCAGCCAAUUAUGAAGUUCAAGAGUAUAGAGGAGGUCAUAAGAAGAGCCAACAGUACAGAGUAUGGCCUAACAGCUGCGGUGUUCACAAAGAAUCUGGACAGAGCAUUAACGCUCGCUUCGGCCCUGCAGUCAGGAACUGUCUGGAUCAACUGUUACAACGCGCUCUAUGCACAGGCUCCUUUUGGUGGCUUUAAAAUGUCAGGCAAUGGCAGAGAACUUGGUGAAUAUGCUUUGGCAGAAUAUACUGAAGUGAAAACAGUCACCAUUAAACUCUCCCAGAAGAGUUCAUGAAACCAGAAGGCCUAAAAUGCUGACACUCUGAAUGUGACACACAGGGGAUGUGUUCAGAGCAAGGGGGAGGGGAAGGGUAGGAAGGAAAUGGGAACACCUGACUUUAUUCCUCUAGGAAUGCUGAAUCUACUGGACUCCAUUUUGUCAACUGGCUCUUAAAAAACUAAGUGACCCUGCUGGCAGCACUGCACACACUUGUACCGGACAAGUCCCUGGCUGUACAUCUGUCUGCACCUGUGACCAGUCACAGUGCAGGACACCUGCUUUCAAACUGUAUCCCUGAAGGACAUGGACAUUGACAGCAAGUUAGAGAGACUUGUGCCAUUGGCAUGGGCUGUUAAACACCUUCAGAGGCAUAUGGGCUUCACUUGGCAAAAGUGGACAUGAGUGGUAGGGUUAAUACAACUUGACUGAAGUUGGUGGAGUUUGUGUGAAGACUGCAGCUGGAGUUUGGAAUGGGAGUGCAAGCUUUCAUGGAAGGAACUGUGAAGAAAUGCUCUUUCAAAGAGCUAUCUUGGUCUCUAAAGGUACAGCCAUUCUCCAUACUGGUGAUAUUCUAGCCCUGAAUGAGAUCUGUGGGAGCUUCCUAUAGAGGAUUUCUUUGGGGCCAGUAUUUCACCCAACAGAGAUAGACUUUAAAGUGUCCUUGGAACCCAUUGUUUUGGUGUGUACACAUUACACAUGCUGCAAAUGCAAGUGACCAACUUGCUAACCCUUCUGGCUCCAAAUGAGUCACAACUCUAUCUCAAACCUUCACUAUGGCACUUUUUGCAAGAGGAUUUUGCACUGUACUUACCGUGAUGACACUAGUUGAACACUAAACAUGUAGCAUGGUUAGAUACCCCACAGAAAUCAUCCUACACCAGUCCUUCUGAUCUGGAGGAGGGAGUAGAAGAGCUGCAAGAAGCUGUCCUGCUCUCUCUUUCUCUAUAACAUUCAGACUGUGUGAACAUCUCUUCAUGUUUUUGAGCCAGAGCUAUUAUUACAAGUAAAACUUGUAAGCUCUUCUCACUGCUUCUUUAUCCUGUAUGAAUGUAGCUUAAAGAAUUUUCUGGAAGUACAGUAUGAAAGGCCAGGUGUUCCCAUGCACACACAGACUGCUAAAGACGUGGGUGUACAAACCAGUUACCAUGGAAUAAGCUAUGGUUGGACUUUAAAUGUGCCAGCAGCUUUACAGUAGUUGUCCUUGUGAGGGCUGUCAUCUAGUGGCAAGCACAGAGUAGCAGCAGCUCAUUCUCUGAGGAACCAACUGCCUUGAAUUGUCUCUUGGUUACCGUUGGAUAAGCACCCAUGGUGUGGCUGUCACACCAAGUUCACGCCCCAGUAUGCCCUGCAGUAACUUCUUUGCAUGCCCAGACAUUACUGAGAUUAAGGACAAACCACAUUCUGUCUUCAGUUCCUGGGUUCACUACUUUCCCUCCUCCUCCUCUUGAUUCUUUACUGGAGAACCUGGAAAACCACUGCCGAACAUAUGGGAAGUUCCAUGUCUGCUGGAGCUGUAAGUAUGCAAGAGUUAGUGGUGUCAGCUUUGUAGGAAGUGGUAACUGACCUCGCUGGGACUGUCCUCUGAGAGCCAACCAUCCUUGUGGCAUAGCGACAGAUCUCCAUGGAGCACUGCUAAGAACUGCUGCCUGGAGUUUUCCAGAUGUCAGGGCUUGAAGCAGAAACGCAGGUCUAACCUCUAUUCUCUGAUGCAAGGCAAGGAUUUAACUUCCUUUGCUCAGAGAUAUACCCAGUCAGUAACAAGUUCUGUUGCUUGAGCGACCUUUUUUUGGAGGAGGAAGGAAGGUGGGUGGCGAGAAGUAAGGAAAAAGUUUGCAUGAGCUUAAACUUCCUGAUUUGUUACUGAACGUUGAAAUUGCACUUCAACACUGCUUAACUUCUUCAAUGACAUACCUCCAACAGCUGCCUACAUCUAGGUGCCUGUCCUCCUUGGGUAUGGGAGACAGGUGAAUCUCCCCAUCCAGUGAUGAAAAUGUCCUCCCUUCCCCACGAAAGGCCAAAUGGGAACCUUGUAAAUAAGUUUCUGUAUUUUCCUUAAACACUUAAGAGAGUGCAAACAUCUUCUCAGACAAACAUUUUACUCCUGCCUACUUGAGAGUGUUGGAGGGCUGCAGUCAGACAGGUAGGAGGCAAAGCAAAGAGUAAAGGCUGAUAUAUCUCUGUACUAAUGAUUUAUAAACAGUGGUUGAAAUUGAAAUCAUCUGAAAUUCUUAAAAUCCUACUAUUCUGGCUUUCCAUGUACGAUAUAUAUUUGACUUCUUUUAUUUUUCUCUCCCUUAUCAAGUCGUUUUUAAAAGUCAGUGUAUCUCUUACUGUAUAAAUCAGGGUUUGACUCUACACACUGAAUUCUCUAAGUUAUGUAACACUAGACACUAACUUCAAAACCACCCCUUAGAGGGUAUAUAUUCUUUCAUUGCACAGUAAGGCUUUCCUAUGAAAUACUACUUUUCUUUUUAAGAAAAAAACAAAAAGAACUAUAUUUAUAAAUUAGGAUACAGUUAAUCUAAUGUAUUUUUAUAGCUAAAGGUACAUGAAAAUGUUAUGUUUAAACCUCAUGUAUAUAUUUAGACUCUGGGUAUCUUUUUUGUAAUAGUUCUUGUUCCUAAUAAAUGUUUAACUUUGUGGAA